UUCGAGGUCUAACAAUCCCCGUCUCUACAAUCUUGAUACAGACUCUCACAAGACCUCGCCGGCGGUGAAACAAUCGGACAAAAUCGACAAAGGCCGUUACCUGAAACAGGACAGCUUAACUACUUAACAUUAGUCAGAGGUUGGCGAGACUUCUCCACCGCAGCUCCACAGGUCUUGCCUAGACGCUCAAAUUUCCAUUGCAGAAGACACCUUUACUUUGUAUUUUCAAAUGGACUCUGAGGUUGGAUGGUAUGUUCUCGGUGAUGAUCAACAGCAGAUUGGGCCUUAUGCCUUCUCGGAGAUGCGUGAGAAUUUUUUAAACGGGUACAUCUCAGAAACUACGCUAGUAUGGUCACAAGGAAGAACUGACUGGCAACCAGUCUCUCUGAUUCCGGAGCUCAUGGAGAUUAAAUCUGAAGAUGUGUCAUCUGUAAUUGAUAAAGAGUUAGAAAAUUUCCAAAAGGAAGUCGAAGAGGCAGAGACAAUACCGCUAGAGAAUGAGGUUGAUGAGGGAAAUGGUGAUAUUGAAAGGCCUUCAACCCCACCAGAGGGUGAGGAGGAAUUCACUGAUGACGAUGGGACUACAUAUAAGUGGGAUCGGCUUAUUAGAGCUUGGGUUCCUCAGGACAAUGAAUCCAUCGAUACUCAACAAUUUGGAUUAGAUGAGAUGACUUAUGUGCAAGAAGAGGAAGUAUUUCUGUCUGCAAAUCCUGAUGAUACCGCGAUGGUGGUCAGCAAUAAGAAUGUGGAAGGGGUCAAUAUUAAGGAUAAAGAAGCUGAUGUGAAGCAUGGCACAAAGAGAAAGAUACCAGACAAAGACAAGACUACUGAGAAGAAGGAACCAAACCCGCCACCUGAGAGUUGGUUUGAACUUAAAGUGAAUACUCAUGUUUAUGUUGCUGGAUUGCCAGAUGAUGUCACAUUUGAUGAGAUUGUGGAAGUUUUCUCCAAAUGUGGAAUAAUAAAAGAGGAUCCCGAAACGAGAAAGCCACGCCUGAAGAUCUAUGUUGACAGAGAGACUGGAAGAAAGAAGGGCGAUGCACUUGUUUCGUACCUCAAGGAACCUUCAGUUGAUUUAGCAAUUCAGAUUUUGGAUGGGACACCUCUUCGACCUGGUGGUUCGAUUCCAAUGUCAGUCACCCGAGCUAAGUUUGAGCAAAAAGGGGAAAAGUUUGUAGCCAAACAAGCAGACAAGAAGAAGAAAAAGAAACAGCUAAAAGUGGAACAAAAGAUACUUGGCUGGGGUGGCCAUGAUGAUACAAAGGUGUUAAUUCCUUCCACUGUUAUUCUUCGUAAUAUGUUCUCCCCUGCAGAAAUGAGGUCAGAUGAAAAUCUACGUGCCGAACUAGAAGAUGAUGUUCGAGAAGAAUGUGCGAAGCUGGGAGAAAUAGAAUCGGUUAAGGUGUGCGAGAAUCAUCCACAAGGUGUUGUUCUGGUCAGAUACAAGGAUCGGAAAGAUGUACAAAAGUGCAUAGAAAUGAUGAAUGGACGCUGGUUUGGCGGUAAGCAGGUACAUGCAAGUGAGGAUGAUGGGUCGGUGAAUCAUGCAUUGAUUCGUGAUAUGGCAGAGGAGACCGCCAGGCUGGAAAAGUUUGGGGCCGAGCUUGAAGCUGAUUGAGUUAUAAUAAGAUGAAUCCAAUUUUUUUAUCCCAACAUUGGUAAUGUUUCAAAAACUUCCCAUUUUGGUUUGGUAAUGUUGUGAACCUCUAAAGAUAGAUAGAUGCAUAUCCAUCUCUGUCCAUGAUGAGGAAGAGCUUGAGGACUUUGUAUGCAUGCAUGGUUAAAGUAAGAACAGAGAAGAAGGAAAUGGAUUUACUUUUUAGUCAGAUUUUUGUCAAAGUUCAAAGCUUUCUUUCCUCUUAUAUAUUGGUCAUACCUCCUGCAUGGUUGGCUUCCUAGUAGCUUACAACAGCUUUAUAAUCAUU